UCGCUCUAUCUCCAUGCCCCUGUGCAAACAACCAAUCAAAGUACUUUGUCUAACUUACUGAUUAGUUAGGAAGUCUACGUAGCAAUUUCUCAUUAGGUAUCCCAAUGUGAAAUAAAAAGCUGUUACAGAUAUAUUUUUUUAUAUUGUUUUGAGAUUGAAACUCAAUGCAUUAUGGCAGCAUUCUAUUGCUUAAAUAGGCAUGAAAUAAGUUGAAGGAUGUUCAUGUUUGAAUGGAGUAACAUUCUGAUUUCCUCGACUCUUGUACUCUUACUUUUAGUUGAUUGUUGAUUUUUCAUUUGAGCAAUUCCAAAAAAUGCUGAUUUUUUGAGUUGCUCUUCUUUUCUGGAGGCAUGAUUGCUUGGUAAAACUGACAUUGAAGCUAAAAACUCUUAACAGCUCCCAUAAAUACACUCACCAUUCUAAUACAGCAAAACCACAUCAAAUUACAGAGAUAAAGAUUGUUCAUAUUUCUUUUAUCAACUGCAGGAGAGGUAGACUAGGAUACAUUGGGAAAACUUGACUGUUUUUCCUUCUCUGCUCUUGUCCUAGUCUUCCUUCGUUGUGUUUCUAGUGCUAGUUUGAUGUUGCCUUUUAUUUAUUGUUUGCAAGAUGUUUGGAGCUUAUGAACAUGGAAGGUGAUUUUAUGUGAUUAAAUUAGUGUUUGAGGAGUUGAGAAUUGGGCUUACUGGUGUUAUUUUGGUAAUGAAGGAAGGCUUUAUGAGAUGGAUUUGGAAAGCUAUCCAAAGAAUAUCUUUGAUAGUUUUUUUUAAAUCUUUUUUCUAAGGAUUUACUGCAGGUUUUAGGAGUUUUAUAUCCUGACAUUAUAACGCUUCUAUUGUGGACCGGUUGCACUGGUGGGAAUUGAACAUUGGAUGACCGGAUUAACAUUGUUUGGCAUGAUCAGAGAAUGUAAACGAAGAUAUUUGUGAUGAAUCCAAACUUGCUCAAAUUUUAAGUGCCAUUUAAGUUUAAGAUUCUCCUCUGGUGAUUACUCCAUAUUUCAUAACAUGCUAUCAGAAAAUUGGAGAGUGUGUUGUUACCAAUGACUUUGUUGAACGGAAACUGAAUUGAAGAACAUCACGUUGACAUUUUAUGAACAGUGUAGCCCUCUUGUAAGAUACCGAGUGAAUUGAAACCCAGAAACAAAUUUGAGAAAAGUCUCAUGAUUAUAGUAUGGAACCAAGUUUUAGAUGAAAAUACCAUUAUUCUAACAAACUUGCAGGUACCCUGUUGUUGACUAGUUAUGAACAUUGAAACGAUAAUUCAGAUUCAAGCUACGCUCCUGUGUUCCCAGUUUCAUCGUGAUAGCCCUUGAUUAAGCAAACUAAAAUGUUUUGCUACUGAGACUCAGUGGCCUAUGUUGGUCAAAUAAGGAUGAAAUCUUUUGAGGGAUGUUCAAGGUCUUGAUUCCUCCACGCGCAGAGGAGGUGUGGACAGACUGAGCAAUCUACCAGACCACAUUGUCCAACACAUCCUCUCCUUCCUCGAAACUAGACAAGCAGUCCAAACCUCAAUCCUCUCCAAGAGAUGGACAAAUUGCUUUGGAUUUCUCUUCCUGACCUUUAUUUCUACAUGAAUUCUUAUACCUCCCGUCGAAGUAAUUUUCAGCAAUUCCUGGUUAAAGUCAUGGCUCAACGUGAAGAAAACAAUGUACUCAAAGUAAGCAGACUUGGCAUCUCUUACCCUAGAGUCUUUUUUAGACAAGGAUUCAUCAUCUCACGUCAACAUGGUUAUAGAUCAUUAUGCUGCAUCUCACCAUGUCGAUCAUCUUAUCGUGAAAGGCACGUCUAGGGUUGUCUUGAUAGACCUCAAGCUUAAUAAACUAGAGUUGCCCAAAUUGACAAAUUUGUAUCUUGAAUUCUGCUGGUGCCCGUCUGCUAUCCUUUCCAAUACUGAAUGCUUUGACUUUUCAGCGGUGUGUCCCAAUCUGGUCAACCCAUUCCUGAGCCAUUUUGAUGCUUUGAGAUUUGGUAUUUUGAAAAUAUCAGGACCUAAACUUGUCAACUUAACUGUGAACUGGGUAAAUAGUGACAUUGCGGAAAUUUCUGCACCAAAGCUUACGUUUUUGAAGAUUAAAGGAGAGACGGAGUUGAAUUUCUCUAUGAUCAACCACCCUUCUCUAAAACAAACGGAAGGGGGUCAUGUCGUCCGUGGCAACAGAUGGAGAUCAAAUGACCUUCGAAUGAUGAAAGAGUUGUGGGGUAAGAGAGGUUGUUCUCUGAAAAUUUGCAUAAAUUUUUUCAAGGGAUUCGAAAUGCAGAAUCUGUCGCGCUAUGCACUUCUUCUUUUGAGGCCUUAGCUAUGGUUAUGGAUACAUUAGAGGGUAAACUUUCUCCGUUCAGCAGAUUGAAGUCCUUGAAGUUUAUUGACAGUGUAAACCCUUCGAAGAUACCUGCAAAAGUUUUGAAUUACUUGCUCAGUGGAUCUCCUUGUGUAGAAACUAUGCUUACUGAGUUCCGAAAUGAUGAAUUAUGUGUUACAAGUCCCAGUAA